AUGGACGCAACCCAAAAGCCGUUACGGAUUUCCCCAGAACUGGGAGUCUAUGCGGAGAAACAUGGAAUAUUUCAGACUCUGCAGAGAAUGUUGCAGUGUCUGCUAGUGGAUAGACCAGUGGAUCCCAUUCAGUAUAUGAUAGAUCAUCUUAAAAAAGAAAAUGAUGAAGUUCCCCGAAUCUUUUUGCUGGGACCACCUGCUUCAGGGAAACUUACUAUUGCCAAGUUGCUGGGUGAUAAGAUCAGUACGAACUUUCUCACUUUGAACAACAUGCUAACAAAUGAAAAAUCUGACUUUGCUAACAAAAUUCAAAGAUUAAGCAUCAGAAAUAAGGAAAUUCCCAAUACACUGUGGGCAAAGCUGAUCCGAGAACGGCUGUCAAAAACGGACUGCAUCAAACGGGGCUGGAUCCUUGUGGGUUUCCCCAAAACACGAGAACAGGCACUUGUAUUACAGGAAAUGGGAAUUGCACCAGACCAUGUUGUCAUACUUGAUGCCCCUGAUACUGUGCUAAUUGAGAGAAAUCUUGGGAAAAGGAUUGACGUGUCUACGGGAGAAAUAUAUCAUACAACUUUCAACUGGCCGACGUCCAGUAAAAUACAGAACCGCCUUGUGAAACCUAAUGGAAUAACAGAGGAAGAAACUGCAAAAAGAUUAUUGGAAUACCGCAGAAUCAAUCAUGGGAUACUGAGUAGCUACAGUAAAAAAUACCAUAUUAUUAAUGCUGAUCAGCCCAGUGUUGAUGUCCUUUCACAGGCUUUGAGCCAUGUCCAAAGCCGACAUCGAUCCAAUGCCCCCUACACACCAAGAAUCCUUCUGCAUGGUCCCCCUGGCAGUGGCAGGAGCCUGCAGGCAGCACUGAUUGCUGAAAAAUACAGGAUUGUUAACGUUUCCUGUGGACAGCUACUGAAGGAGCCUGUCGCUGCUGAGACAAGAUUCGGCGAAGCCAUUAAACCCUAUGUUGAAAGUAGGCAGCCAGUUCCAGAUGUUAUGGUAAUGAAAUGUAUGUCUCAACGUCUAAGUAAACUGGACUGUUCCACUCAAGGCUGGGUAAUGCAUGGAUUCCCUCAAGAUGUGAGACAGGCUGAAAUGCUAAAAGAUGCAGGAUUCAUCCCAAACAGGGUAUUUUUUCUGGAUGUUCCUGAUGAUGCUGUCAUUGAGCGUCUCACAGUGAGGAUGACUGAUCCCAUCACAGGUGAAAGAUAUCACUCCAUAUACAAACCAGCACCAACCAGUGAGGUUUACAGUCGUUGCAAAGUAAAUCCCAAGGAUUCCGAGGAAAAUGUACAAAAAGUGCUUGAAGUGUAUCAUGCCAAUGUUAGGGACUUGGAGCAAUUCUACAACUCUGUCAUCCACGUUAAUGCAGACCAGGAUCCUUAUACGGUGUUUGAAUAUAUUGAGAGCUGUGUUGUCAAACCCCUGUCAAAAUGCACAAAUAUCUUUGUUUGA